CUCCCAUCUCACGGCGUGAACUGCAAUUUCUUGAUCAUCCAUCCAUCCAUCCGAAAUCGAAACAGAGGCUUGUGUAGAGCGCCCGACGACGAGCAGAGGUUUUUUGGCUUAGCAGCAGCAAUGGCGUUCGUGCCGAUCUGCGUGCAGUGCGGGACGAGGAGCAACCCGUGCCGGUGCAAGGUGGUCGGGCCGACGCUGGGGUUCGUGGCGUUCGUGGUGGCCGGGGUCGUGGAGUGGCCGCUCGGGGCGGCCGUGUACCUGUUCCGCCGCCGCAAGGGCCGCCGGAUCAUGGGCCACCCGGCCAGUGUCGUCUACCCGCGGGUCAAUAGAGCAAUCCCCAUCUGAAUUGUCUCCGGCGUCGCGUCGCCGUUCUAAGUUCUAACUGGCUAGUCAGAUUUGUGUCCUGUGGUUUGCAACAUUUCUCUCUGUGAAUUGUGUGUGUUCAACAAAACAUUGUGGUCUAUGUUGUAAAACUUGUAUUCGUCGUAUCUGUACGAUUUUUGUUUAUCGUCGAUGUAUGCAAUGCAUCUGGUUUCGUCGUCAGCAAGUGCUGUGGCAUUUGAGAACUUGGGAAUUCUGUUUGGAUGAAAGAAUGGCCCUCCUUUUGGCCCAGGCUUCGGAAUUUCCAUGUGAGCGAAUGGAACGCGUUGCUUGCGGUGGAAAUUCUGGCCCA